CCAUGUGGCUGUAAACCCUCCCGGUAGCCGUAGCUCCAACCCAGCAGGCUGCUCAGGCUGCUGCUGUCCUGCACAACAACCGACAGAGGAUAAUAAGUUCUUAGUUGCCUCAGCAAUAAUCCUCCAUACUCCGGUUUAUUGUGACGACCAGAGGGGCUUCUCUCAAAAUGUCGGAUAAAAGCGAGCUAAAGGCGGAGCUGGAGAGGAAGAAACAGCGCCUGGCUCAGAUCAGAGAGGAGAAGAAGAGGAAGGAGGAAGAACGCAAGAAGAAAGAAACUGAGGGUCGAAGGGACGGUUCAUCCCCCCCAAACGAUGACUCUGAUCUGGAGAGGAAGCGGAGAGAAGCGGAGGCCCUGCUGCAGAGCAUGGGCAUCACUGACCCUGCCAUGGUCCCCCCUCCCAUGUCCCCCUCUGCUAAAUCGGUGGGCAGUGAGACGGGCAGCCAGGACUCCGCAGAUGGAGCAACAGGACCCAGGGAUGUCCCUGUGUCUGUGUGUGUGACUCUACACUGGGACUCUGACCCCUCUACUCUUCUGCUGCAUUCAGACUCUCAGCUUGGACGGGUUCCUCUGAGGUUGGGAAUGGCUAAAGUGACUCAGGUGGAUUUCCCUCCAAAAGAGCUGGUGUCCUACUCUAAAGAGACACAGACGCCCACCGCCCACACCCAGCCAAAAUAUGCAGAAGACGAUAAUGAGGAGGAAGACUUAGCUGUGGUUGAGUCUGUGCUCGAAACUCCUCAGGACGACUCUGAGAAAGCUGAAGAGGAGGUGCCCCCUCACGAGCUGACUGAAGAGGAGAAGCAGCAGAUCCUGCACUCAGAGGAGUUUCUGACAUUUUUUGACCACAGCUCCCGCAUUGUGGAACGAGCGCUCUCAGAGCAGGUGGAUGUCUGCUUCGACUACAGUGGCCGCGACCUGCAAGACAAGGAGGGAGAGACUCAGGCUGGGUCUAAGCUGUCCCUGAACAGGCAGUUUAUGGAUGAGCGCUGGUCCAGACACAGAGUGGUCACCUGUCUGGACUGGUCUUCACAGUAUCCUGAGUUAUUGGUAGCUUCUUACAGCAGUAAUGAGGAAGCUCCUCAUGAGCCCGAUGGAGUUGCCCUGGUGUGGAAUAUGAAGUAUAAGAAAACCACACCCGAAUAUGUCUUCCAUUGCCAGUCAGCAGUGAUGUCAGCAGCAUUUGCUCGUUUCCAUCCUAAUCUGGUCGUUGGGGGAACAUACUCAGGACAGAUCGUUCUGUGGGAUAACCGCAGUAACAAACGCACCCCAGUACAGAGAACACCACUGUCUGCCUCUGCACAUACGCAUCCAGUGUACUGUGUGAAUGUGGUGGGCACUCAGAAUGCUCAUAACCUCAUCAGCAUCUCCACUGAUGGCAAAAUGUGCUCCUGGAGCCUGGACAUGCUGUCCACUCCACAGGACAGCCUGGAGCUGGUGUUUAAACAGUCCAAACCUGUGGCUGUAACCUCCAUGUCUUUUCCUCUGGGUGAUGUCAAUAACUUUGUGGUGGGCAGUGAAGAUGGCACAGUCUACACAGCAUGCAGACAUGGAAGCAAAGCAGGAAUCAGUGACAUGUUCGAGGGUCAUCAUGGUCCAGUCACAGGACUGGACUGCCACACGGCUGCUGGACCUGUAGAUUUCUCCCAUCUGUUUGUGACUUCAUCCUUUGACUGGACUGUUAAACUGUGGAGCACAAGGAAUACUAAGCCGCUGUACUCAUUUGAGGAUAACUCAGACUAUGUGUAUGAUGUCAUGUGGUCCCCUGCCCACCCUGCCCUGUUUGCCUGUGUGGAUGGAGUGGGUCACCUUGACCUCUGGAAUCUCAACAAUGAGACAGAGGUUCCUACAGCUAGUGUCACAGUGGAGGGCAGUCCAGCUCUGAACCGUGUACGCUGGGCAAAUUCGGGCAGAGAGGUUGCUGUUGGUGACUCUGAGGGUCAGGUACACAUCUAUGACGUGGGAGAGAUCGCCGUGCCGCGACAGGAUGAGUGGAGCCGCUUUGUACGAACGCUAACCGAGCUCAACGAGAACCAAGAGGAUGCAGAGGAACUGGCAACUCAGCGCCUUGCUGCCUGAGCCUGCAUUACAUGAUUUGGCAACCCACCUUAAUAACCACAACUGAGAGGAAGUGUGAAGAUCUUCAGCUUCCUGCAUCUUCCUGCACAGCAAUUUUAAGUGUUCUUGAGCGACAAUCUAGAGUUUUCUUUCAACUCGCUGAAAGAGUUUCCCAGUAAUGUGGAAUAUAGCAAGUGAAAGUUGGGAAAAUGUAUUUUAAGCUCAUAAUUUAUAAACAGAUAAAUGUUAUGUAGGACAUGAAGAGGGAGGGUAGGUGUAUUUAGCUAGAAACUAUGACCAUUGGGAACUGUUGGGAAACAGACAGUUGGGAAAACACCUAGAGCUCCAAUUCACACUAAUCCAGUAGACACAACCACAUGCAAGCUUCGUACUGUACUUUUCCUUAUAAAAGUCUUCAGCAGCUUA